AUGAAUACAUCAUGAGCUGAGACCACAUUCUUUUGAGAUAAGGAUUUGGGAUGCUUGCAUUUUCUGCCUCUCAGUGAAGCAACAUUAUUUCUCUUCUUUGGACCAUAAGAAUCAAGAUUUCUGAGCACAAUGUCAGCAGCGGCACAAAGUACAAGCAAUUUGCCUAGUGGGCUGGCUGUGAUGGUAUCAAUGCCCGAUGUCUUGUUUAUCCCUGAACUAGUAUUCGGAGGACUUGUAUGGAUCCUUGUAGCUUCUUCCUUAGUCAUUGAACCAAACCCUCAGGGCUGGGUAAUGUUUGUGUCUGUGUUUUGCUUCGUAUUUACAUUUCUCUUAAUGAUCCUUUUCUGUGCUGGAGUUCACAAAGGAAGUUCUACGUGGGCAGGAAUUGAUGCUUUUUACCAUGGAACUGCUGCAUUGUUUUAUCUCAGCGCAUCAGUGCUAGAAGCCUUUACAACCAUUGCGAUUUCAGGAAACACAGACACAGACACACUUCUUAAGUAUUAUAGAGAAAACAUUGCAGCUUCAGUAUUUGCAUUUGUGGCAACAUUACUCUAUACGAUCCACACAAUCUUUUCUGCCCUGAGAUGGAAAUCCUCAUAACUGUUCUCUUGUUUCUUUUCUUUUAUUCAUGACUAUGAUGUAAUUUUUGAUUACUACAAAAUUGUCCUUUAUUUUGGAUAUAUUGUUUUUGGAUGUAUAAUACUUUUCUGCUCCAUUUUUUGGAUAGUUCUUUUGCUUUAGUUUUUAUUUUAUUUUGUAUGAAUGUUUUAAAUGCUGUUCCUUAAGAAUGCAAAAACAAAUUGUAAUACAGUUAGAAAUGCAUACACAUUCAAAUCUAAUGCUGAUUUUGUGUUGCAAAAUGUUUGUUUUAACAAACUCCUUAUUACCAACAUGGUUGCAUUAUAGCUUGCAGUUUAUUUUUUUUGUACUUCAACAAACAAAGGAAACUCAGAAAAAUAUUAUGCCUUACUUGCACAGUUGUAUUGUAGGAAGUAUAGACAUCAUGCAUAGUUAAAAGAAAUGUUUGUUUCAUUGUCUGCUUCUUGCAGUAACCACAGUGCAUAGAAUGAUUUUCAGGGCUGCUUUACUGUAACUAGCAUUCUAGAAAAUAUAGGCAUUUCACCAAUUAUUCUGGAACGCAAAAGAAGCCACCCUUUCACAAUAAAACUGUUAGCUUUCUUCUGAUUAAUACUUCUCUACACAAUAAGAGAUGUUUCUGUAUAUGUCUAUAUUGUUCUAAUUGUAAUAAUUGAAAAUUUAUCUUGAAGCUAGAAUGCCACUUGUCUUCCUAUUAGUAGAGGAUGCACAUUCAGAAAAGAAUGACUUGUAAAAUGUAAUCUAGACAUUUUCAGUUAAAUGAUUCUGUAUGAACUAACUGCUUUUGAAAUCAGGUUAACUUUUAUAAUCUGUUGUUUAAAAACACAGAAAAACAAAUAGUACACUGAACUUGUGCUGUCCCAAAAAUAAAUUAAGAAAAAUUUUUUUUGACUGUUGAUUUUUUUAGUUAUACAUCAUUUUUUCAAUAUCAGAAACAUGUAUUAAUGUAUGUAUAUUACUUCAAAUCCGGACUUAUGCAUUGUUUCAGACUCAGUUAUCUGUUAGCAUUAUAUGACAUACUUCACGCCUAUUAAAAAUGUAUUCUUUUCAGUAACUGAUUCUGAAACCUUGUUGUGUCCUCCACUUAUUUUGUAAUUGUUUCAAUGAAGGCAUGCUAUUUACUUUGGAAAACAAGAACAGCCAGCGAGAAAAUAUCAUCUCAAUACAGUUCGAUAUACAUCGUUCUUAAUUCAGGAAGUAUAUUAAGAUGAUGAAAAUCCUGCUUUUAGUAUGUAUUGUAUUGUAAAAUGUUGCAGAUUAAUAUAUUAUGUUUUAAAUUGAAUUAAUUAAUAAAUAAAACACAUUUGUUGAACUACA